AAAAAAAAACGAAAAACAAUCAUAAAUAUUUCUGCUAAACUGAGCAAACGAAUUUAGUUUGUUUUUCAAUAUUACGAUGUAGAGUCUCAAAGUGAAUAUAUUGAAUAAAAAAAUUCAUUAGAAAACAAAUAUGUCACUCACGGUAAAGUUAAUAGGAUUUGAAGUGCCGAAGGCCAAAUCGAAUCUCAUUGGACGAGUGGAAUUCCGAGGCGUUUCUCAUGUCACUUCAGAGCUGACUACUACUGCUGCUGCUGGAAGCGUUGUUGAUGUCAAUCAGUCUUUUAUAUGGCCAUUGGCACGCUCAGCUACCGAUGAUGAGCCACUCAUUGUGGAAUUGCGUACGCAAACAACUAAAACUCUUAUCAAAACGGGUUUUAGUCAAGCGUCAGGUAGUUGGAUGGGGAGCGGAGGGGGUACAAUGAGUGCAACAACUGGUACCAUAGCAAGUAGCAGUAAAUGUGUUGGUCAAUAUAUCAUACUAAUGCAAGGCUUUCGUGCUUUUGAUUCAUGCUUGUAUUCACUUUUACAUUAUUUACCACGAGCCCAAUAUAACUUGUCUCUUGCAAAAGCAACAUCGUGGGGCCUAUUAAACAUACGGGAUUUUCAUAGCGAAAAUCAAAUCAACGCUAUGUUAAUGACCUGCUCAGUUUCGCUGUGAACUCUUCCAUGUUAAAGGCGGGCCGCGCUCGGGUCGACCAAUUGUUAAUAAAGUGGAUAAAAUUUUCAAAAGGACGGGCGACACACGUUAUCGUUGCCGACCUAAACAUUGAUCAGAAAACAAUUUGAAACCGUUAAGCUAUAGUAGGAGGAUACAAUAGGAAUUGCGAUUGUUGUGUGUAUCACAUGAAUUAAUGCCGCAAAAAUUUAAUGGAUACAUUUGCCAACUGCGAAUCGCUGCUAAAAUGAAACGAAAUCAUGCCAUUUUUGAAGAGACAAACCACAAACGAUGGAAAGUGAAUAACAAGGUGAGGUGCGAAGUAACUUAGAUCCGCAUAGGUUAGAUCUUGCCGCGUUUAUUAUUUGUACCCUACGCUUAAAGCUAUAAUGUAAAAAUUGAUGUAAGCCUGACCUUAAUCAGUAAAAAUCAUUUGGUACGGUUUCCUUCUGAGAAACGCCCGAACUGUUAGCCUAAAUGCAGUCGUAUAGUGAAAAUUUAUUAAUUAAAAUGGCUCGUGUUUGAUUUAGCAACAAUCAAAGAAAAAGCUCCGCGAAGUUUCUUCAUGACCUACUUUUUUACGCAACAGACACGUUCCUUAGAAGACCGUGCAAAAAAAUAACUGUGACGUACAUUAAAUUUGGGGAUAUAUUUUAUAAACUUAAAAAUUAGGAAUAAAAAUCAAUUUCGCUUCAAUUCACACGUUUAUUAUGGACUGAAUUUAUUCCAUCCUCUACACACUGAACACUCUCAAUGUUACUAAAAAAGUCAAUAUAAGAUUUAAAAAUUGUUUUGGGAUUCGUGCUGGAACAAGGAAUUCGUGUACUUGUUCUUAUUGAUGAAUCGUGUUACUCUGAAAUUGGGUAAAAAAAUACUGUGUAAAAUACGAGUUGGCUAUAUUUAUAAAUUACACGGAGCUCAGAAAAAGAAAACUGAUAUUCGUCGAACGUGUACCUAAGAAAUUUCUUGGAACCGUUUAUAGGUCGAUCGCAUAAACAUCAAUUCUUAAGAAUUAAAAAUUACAAGGAAAUGUAAGUAAUUUAAAAAAUCAAUCUAUAUGAUAUGUGGUGGCAUACUAUCUUUAACAGGCUAUGCAAUAAAUCAAUAUUGAGAAGGGGAUAAGCUGUAUUUGCUAUACCCAUCACCGAAGCAAGAGAUAUAUAUCCAUUUUGUCAAAACGCGUGUUUGCAAACGCCUGCAGAGACUUCACAAACUAUAUAUAUUCUUGAUCAGCAUCAAAUGCUAAAUCGAUUUAAGUAUGUCCGUCCGUCGGUCUUUGUAACGUCUGUUUGAAACGCGCUCCUGGCCGCAAAAAUCGAACUAUCGACUUUAAAUUUGGGCUAAAACGUUGGAAGGCCAAAUUGAUUGAAACACACGCCCACAGCACCACACAAACCUCUCGCAAACCUCUAUUUUCGGAAAGGCAUAAAACAAUUGAAGUUUUGCUCAUUACUCAUAAAUUAAAAUAAAUAUAUGUACGAAAAUUUGAACGCGUAUUCUAGCACCAGUAGAAAAAAUGAGAAAACUUUACCGAGACGUCUGUCCAGGUCUUGCAGUGUGGGCAAUUGUGUCGUAUUUGUGGUAAACAUUCUCCCGCUAGCGAGAAUGGAGAUAUCGUACAAAUUUGCAGAAGAAUUUGAAAGUGAAUUUAACUUUUCGAUGGACACGCCCACACCCCUAUGCGACAAAAACUUUUAUUUUGAAACUAGAAAAAAUCGGUCGCUUACACUACGUAUUACAGAGCGUG